ACUUCAUGGAUGAUGAGGAGUGUUGUCCCCUAAACCUGAGUAGCUAGGUUACUUGCUCACUGCCACGCUGCUGGUUGUUUUCAGGGUAAGUACCUCAAAUGAUGCAGAGCACAUAUUUCAUUAGUCUUUUGUGAUAUAUAUUAUAUAAAAGGCAUGUCCAUAUGCUUUCGGCAAGAUUUUACCUGGGCUUGUUGCACAAAAAGAAUAUUAUCUAUAAUUGGGAAUUGCAUCGUUUUGCUAUGAUAUAACAAUGCUAUUACACUCACUGGACGCUUUUAUUAGGUACACCUGCACAAUCUUAGUGCUGUACUCAAGCACAGUAUGCGACCAUGGUCCUAGCAUGCUUGCGAUCGCUUCUCCCGCCAGUUAUUAAUAAAACAAAAGUGCAAUUUGCAUAACAAAUAUAAAUAUGUAAAGAGACUCGAUUUUGCUCAUUUUGGCGACUUUUAAAAGAAAAUCGGAUUCCCGGACAAGAGCGCACCGGGAUAUUAGCCGCACCCACAACAUUUUUGAAGAACUUUUUUUUUCCCAUACAUUAGCCGCACCGGACUGUAAGCCGCAGAUAAAUACAUUGUGAAAUAAGUUUUUUACUCAAAAAUAUUAUGUUUAUUUGCAUACCAUAAUUGUUUCCAAACAAUGUCUGUAAAAUGGCAGUAAAAUGGCUAAUCAAAGACAACAGAAGACACCGUAAUGGUCCCCAGCUGCGAAAGCUAGCUCUCCAAUUAGCUUAAUAGGCUCAAUAACUCCACGGUGACGUUUUGGUGAAUUUACUGAGGAGUUUGUUCAACUGAAACAAUACAAACAGAAUGCCAUUGUAAGUUAAUAAUACCAACACAGACACUCUUAGAUGUGUCAGCAUAUUAGCUAAUGCUAACAACGCUAGCUUCAUUACAUUGCAAUAGCGUGUACAAAUAUGCAUGGAAACACUCCCACAGACAUCACACAUGGGACGGUUUAGUAAGUAUGAAUUGUUUGUUAAAUUGUGAAACUUACAAAUGUUGCUGAGAGGAAUGAACAAAAUAUUUUGAGCAGAAACGCUAUGGACGGUUAUACUUUCAGGUCAAAGCAACACGGGAAGCACAUUUUCAACUCGCAGCACUUGCAGUGAGUGAACUCGUCCAAAAGAUGGCGCUAUAGCACAAAUAAAAAACAAUUUCGGUGUCUGCUUGGAUUUACUAAAAACUAUUGAACACAAAUAAGUAUGGCAAUUAGCAAAAAAUAAAUCCAUAAAUUAGCCAUACCGUUUUGUAAGCAGCAGGGUUCAAAAUGUAGGAAAAAAGUAGUGCUUUAUAGUUUGGAAGUCACGUUAAGUUUAUUUUAUUAAAGUACUUGGUAAUUAUCAAAGUUGUGUACAUUAUAAAUCAGCAUUCUUCUCCCAGAUUCCGCAAACUGCUAAUCUAACACACCUGCUCUGUUUCGAUUAGUUUGGGUCAGCUCCACCUGUAUGUGUGUAUACACAGUACAUACAAUAGUAGCAUUUGGUAAUGUAGGCUCGGGCCCCCUGUAAAGUAAGGUUGCAUGAUAUACCGUAUUUUUCGGACUAUUAAGUCGCUCCGGAGUAUACGUCGCACCGGCCGAAAAUGCACAAUAAAGAAGGAAAAAAACAUAUAUACGUCGCACUGGAGUAUAAAUUGCAUUUUUGGGGGAAAUUAUUUGAUAAAAUCCAACACCAAGAAUAGACAUUUGAAAGGCAAUUUAAAAUAAAUAAAGAAUAGUGAACUACAGGCUGAAUAAGUGUACGCCAUAUGACGCACAAAUAACCAACUGAGAACGUGCAUGGUAUGUUAACGUAACAUAUUAUGGUAAGAGUCAUUCAAAUAACUAUAACAUAUAGAACAUGCUAUAAUAAUAAUAAUAAUUAUACCUGGGAUUUAUAUAGCGCUUUUCUAAGUACCCAAAGUCGCUUUACAUGUUUUUCUGAACCCAUCAAUCAUUCACACCUUCUGUGGAAUAUAUACCUACUGGGAUAGGCAUCUGCUGACUGAAGCCUUGCUUUUGAAGAAUCCUCCAUCAAGUCUUUUAUUGGGCGCCAAACAAUCAUCCAUGCCACACCCACUUCAAGUCCAUUGAAGUGGAUUGCUAUACGUUUACCAAACUAUCUGUCACUCCCGAUCGCUAAAUCCGAUGAAAUCUUCCUCCCCGGUGUCGCCUCUGGUAUGUCCUUUCUUUCUGCUGCUCGAUCGCCGUUCUCUGCUGCAUAUUUCACUACGUCCAGCUUGAAAUUUGCAGUAUAUGAUAUCCUUUUCGGUGCCAUUUUAGUUCAGCCCUUCUCAGUUUUUAUAAGUUACCGCCAAUGUUGAUGUGAUCCAUUUUAAUAGCUACGGCAGUAGCGUAUAGCAUAUAGCAGUUAGCAUACCAUGACCCACAAUGCACUUCUGCCAUAACCCGCCCCCGCCGAAUUCUUAUCGGUUGACGUGUGAGUGACGAUUGCUGACGUGUGUGUGACGAUUGCUGACAUUUGCUUCGUCUCUUACGCGAAUUAGAUAAAUAAUAUGAUCCACAAUGCACUUCUGCCAUGACCCUCCCCCGCCGAAUUCUUAUUGGUUGACGUGUGAGUGACGAUUGCUGGCGUGUGUGUGACAAUUGCUGCUGUUUGCUUCGUCUCUUACACGAAUGAGAUAAAUAAUAUUAUUUGAUAUUUUACGGUAAUGUGUUAAUAAUUUCACACAUAAGUCGCUCCGGAGUAUAUGUCGCACCCACGGCCAAACUAUGAAAAAAACUGCGACUUAUAAUCCGAAAAGUACGGUACAUUUGGCCGACAAUAAAGCUUUUGAUACUAUCGUCAUAUCGUGAUAAUGCAUGUUGACACAUUGUGUCCCGCAAAUUUGACAGCAAAAAGUGAACGCAUUAUCUUUAGCAUUCUUGUUAGCUGCUAACGUCCCUCCACAGUGCAAAGUCAUUUCCAAGACAGCAAUUCUCACCUCCAUGCCGGCAAAUAAACUGUUUCUUACAAGUAUUAUCACUGGAAGAGGAGGAAUAGCUAAACAUGCUACACUAUACUCCGUACGAGGAUAAGCUAUUCGCUAAGCUCGCACGUAAACAAAGAUGGGCGGAUCGAGACACAUAUCCACUGUAAUGAUACCAAGUAUAGUAUCAGUAUAUGGACGAUAUUAUAGCGUUUAGAUUUUUUUUGGAUAAAAAUAUUUAGUUGUUUUCAUGGUUGUUUGUAGUAUCAGUAUUGGUAUGACCGAUACUAUCCCCGUAACUACUUGGUAUUUGAUACUCAAAUUUGUAGUAAGUGCUUUGUACAUUUUAACAGACGUGUAGAUAAAACUAUUUACAGCAAAAAUAUAUUAACAAAAAAAUAGCAAGUAGAUUAAUAAUAGUUUUGACAAAAUAAUAGAACCAGAAUUUACACAAUGUUACUGCUCGUCAGCAGCUAAAUUUGGGGUCUUUUUAACCCAUUUUGAACAUGGUAAAUCAUCAUUUAUGUGCCAAACGUUAUAUCUUUAUCCUUAUUGCAAUAUAUCUAGUUGAGUCAAAUUAUUGUGGUUGGUCUGCCCGCCAGCUAAAAAUGAAAACUGUCACCUUUCAUAAUAGAAAUAAAUAUAAUGACUGCAAGUCAUCCACAAAGUCGAAGGCCAGGGUAAAUUGCACACGGCGGAGUCUAUCCAUUCAUCCAUCAAUUUUCUACCGCUUGUCCCUCUCAAGUAAAUUGUUUAUUGCAGCUCUACUAGAUCUGAUUCGAUAUGUGCAGGUGUACCUAAUGAUCAGGCCAAUGAAUGUAUUUGAUUCCAGGUGUGCAACCAGGCCUCCCAUUGUUGUUCUGCAUUCUAUUGAAAUGAAUAAAUCGUAUUUAUACAUUUUCAUAAUCCUACCCAACUGGUUAAUUCCCCUGUUUUUUUCUUUAGAUGCCCAUUGUGCAGCAGGUGAAUUGGAUAGUGUAUCUCAGCACUGUUGGUUUGUGUGUGAGCUGGACGUGAAGGCCGGUGGAGGCUGCGUGAUGACCGUCGGCGAGAUGCUGCGCUCGUUUCUCACCAAACUGGAGUGGUUCUCCACUCUGUUCCCCCGCAUCCCUGUGCCCGUGCAGAAGAACAUCGACCAGCAGAUGAAGGCCAGGCCACGCAAGGUGGUUCAGAAGGAGCCGGUGGAGGAAGAGGAGGAUUUCGGGGAGGCGGGGAGGCAAGGCGAGCGCAGACGUUCCAGGACCCCCAGGCGGACCCCGAGCCCAAGGCGCUCUCCGAAACGGUCGAGGAGCCGGAGCCACCAUCGCGAACGAGAGCGCCACGGCCCCAGCUUUGACCGCGAGCUGGAAAGGGAGAGGGAACGCCAGAGGAAGGAGCGUGACGGCCGUGACAGGGACAGAGGGGACCGGGAAAGGAGGCGAUCCCGCAGCGCAGAGAGGAACCACCAAGAACGGCGUGAGCGUAGAAGAAGUUGCAGCAGCAGCCGCGACCGAAGGAGAGAGCUGCGAGACAAAGAGCGUGACGCAGGCGACGACCGCAGCAAGAGAAAGGAGCGGGACCACCAUCGAGAUCGGCCCGCUGAGAAAGAGAAGUCCAAAGAGCGAAAGAGCAAGGGGGAAAGCGACGACAGGCGCCACAAAGACGACAGGGAGCGACACAGAGAAGAGCGCAAGGCCAAGAAGUCAAGCCGAAGUGGAAGCCGGGAGAAGCGGCACAAAAGCGGAGGCGAGGAGAAGAGCAGGAAACAGGAUGGCAGCCACAGCAGAGAGAAGGAAAGAGACGGCGAGCAGCGCCCUCACAAACGCAGUCACAGCAAAGAGAGGAGCCAUCACCAGCGAGAGUCCAGCAACAACAAACACGCCGUGCGGCGGAAGAGUGCGAGCAUCGAAUAAAUGUUUGUUUUUGUCUAAAUCUCACUUUGUGCGAAUGUCAUCCUGUUUGAAAAUAUUGUUUUCUGCCUUUUAAACCUUGUAGCCCAUUUUAGUUUCCACUUGACGUUCACAGUGGGGAACAUUGUCAUUUUGUAUACCGUUCAUUGUUUGGCCCCUGGAAAAUAUAAUUUGAUGUAUAUAUUUUCAGACCGUCGACACAUCAGUGGUGUUCGUUGAACAGGUUGGGCACAAGCUUUGCAAAAAGCCAUGUUUAGCUGACUACUUUGAUUUCCGAAGAUGUCAAUAAUGCAUCCAUGUGAAGUUGUAUUUGUAGACGUCCUGAGAAUGUUUUAAUCCCUCAAAGGAGUCUGCAAAGGGUUCAAGUGAGCCCACACCGAGACCCCCGCUUGUCACAUGUCUCGAUUGUUGCAUUUUGUUUUCUAAUAAAAA